GGGGAAAUGUUGACGCUCGGAAGUUUUGAUGGAAGUUGGUGAGUGUUUGAUAAACGCCUACAAUCUUUCUUUUUUGAGAGGUGUCAGAGCGAAGUUAAACAGCGUGGUUUGUAAGCGGGUGGAGAGAGUAUGGCUGAAAAGGUUAAUUAAGCGUGUAACUCCUCGGUGAAGCAGCUACUUUUAAAAAGGGACAUUUAAAAAAAAAAAAAAAAUUUAAAAAUGUCAGGAGCCCAUGAACAGAGCAGGAAGCGCCGACCCCCGAAAAUGUACUUGAUCUCGUCCGACCUGAAGGUGCAGGACCAGCUGGACGGUACCAUUCGGCUGCAGCGGGGGAACAUCUGUCAGGAGCAGGAUCACGCUAAGGGCAGAGGUGACCACCCCUGGUUCAAGGUGUUAGACAAUGGCAUCAUGUUGAAAAUAGAGAGGAAGUUCCUGCUCGAAGUCCCGACCGAGCUGGUCGGCCUGCUGGAGGCCGUGACUGACCCGGAGGCUCGUUACAAAUUACUGAGCAAUCCCGGGAAGCUGCAGACUUUGGCUACGCUUCCUGUCGGUGCCCCGUUGUGGGUCCAAAUCGGCCAGACGGACGAGCUGGCAGAGGCAGAGCUCAGAUUCAUCGGGGCGCUGACCAGAGGGAGCAGCGCCGUGUUCUUUGGGGUUCAACUCAAAGGCUCGGCUGCAGGUCGAGGCUCCAGUAACGGUUCCUUUAAGGGUAACAGAUUGUUCAGCUGCCCUGAAGCCUGCGCCCUCUUCGUCCCCGUCAGCCACAUCAGACAACGCCACUGGAGGAGCAACGGUUCAGACGCACACGAAAGACCCCGCGAGCGAGACCAACAACACCAUCAACACCACCAUCCCCAGCAGCACCACCGCAUCAGCACCGGCAACAACAAUCAACCUAGCAACGGGCACCACGGCAACAGCGACCGCCUGAUUCAUCACCAGCAGCAGCAGCACAGUCGUCACAUCAGCUACCUGCAGCAUCACCCCGUCAGCCCUUCUUUCGGGAUCCUCCCCCGGACCGCCGAGUCGGCCCCCAUCUCGGCUCAGAACCAGCCGCAGUUACGAGGCCCGCCGUCGCCGCUGCCGUUCCACCUCGGCGAUCGGGUGUGCUUCCCCCUGGAGGACACCGUGGAGAGGGGCGAGGUGCGCUUCUGUGGCUUUUUGCCCGGCAGGUCCUCGUCGGGGGUUUACGUCGGAGUCCAGCUGGACAACCCCGUUGGUCGUUGGGACGGGAUUUAUAAAGGAGAGAAGCUCUGCCACUUCCCUUCCCCUCACUACGGAGCCCUGCUGCCAGUAAACAACGUUUCAUCCGAGCCAAAAUCCCUCCGUCACAACCCUCCUUCCCAAAUUCCCAAAUCCAUCCUGAAGCCUCUGACGCCUCCCGCCUCUAAACCAGGGCCGACAUCGCCGCCUGCCGUCAAGGUCGCCCUGCAGCCGCCCCCCAAACAACCACUCAAACCUCCUCCGCUGCCGCCGCCGAAGCCCAACCUCAAGCCGCUGCCCCUCCCCCCGCUCCCGCCUCCCAAACCUCAAACCCCGACGUCACCGGCCGCCGUAGACCAGCUGCAGCACACCAACGGCGUGCUCGGUCCGCCCUCGCCGCUGAGGUCGCCGGAUUACAUCGACGAUGCAGCGGAGAACGGGGAGGCAGGGAUGGAGAGCGAGCUGGAGGUGGGGUCCAUGGUGGAGGUGAACGACCCGCCGCUCUUCGGGGUGAUUCGCUGGAUCGGACGGAUCGGUGGGAUUUUAGAGCCGGUGGCCGGGAUCGAGCUGGACCAGGAGCUGUCUGCAGGUACAGACGGCAGUUACCUCGGCGAGCGCCACUUCCGUUGCCCGGCCAACAAAGGACUCUUCGUAAAGCUUCGCAACUGCAGACGAGACUCCCGGUUCCCCGCUCCUGAGACGCCCGUGAAUCAAGUGGAGCGGUGCAACUCGAUAGCUUUUGCAGAGUGGGGCAGCGAGCGCGUGGAGGAGCACACACCACCUGUGGACGGAGACGAGGCCAAGCAGCUCUACCAGGGCCGCAAGAGGGGCAUCCAGGGUCACCUCAACUCCUGCUACCUGGACGCUACGCUGUUCAGUCUGUUCUCUUGCUGCAGUUCAGCAGACUGGACGUUAUUUUGGCCGUCCGACCCCGAAACCGACCAGAGAUCCAGUCAGGCUCAGGACCUGCUGCGAUGUGAGAUAGUUAACCCUCUACGCAGGUUUGGCUACGUGUGUGCCAGUAAGACGAUGGCCUUGAGACGACUUCUGGAGGCCGCGAAUAGUGACACGGGCUUCACCAAUCAGGAGAAAGAUCCUGAAGAAUUCCUCAACAAGCUUUUCCAGCUGCUCCGAGUCGAGCCGCUCCUCAAGAUCAGAUCGAUGACUCACCAGCCUCAGGAGUGUCACCUCUACCAGCUCUUCCCUCCCUCCCUUCCUCCGUCCCCUUCCUCCCCGGACCUCAUCUCUCCGGUCGACUCCUCCUCCAUCCCUCUGUCUCCGCUGCCCUCCAGUCGGAUGAGAGUCGCCAGCGUCCAGACUCUGCUGGAGUCGUCCUUCCUCCACGCCGGCCUCAAGUUUGUCGAAGCCCCCUCCUCGCUCCUGCUGCUCAUGCCCAGGUUUGGGAAAGACUUUAAAAUGUUUGACGCCAUCCUGCCGACGCUCAGUCCACAGUCACAGAAGCGAACCUCUCACAGCCCGGUGAAGAUCGGCAUUCCUGACGGUCCGUGGUCCGGCCCGCUGCACUGCGCCCGCCAGCAGAUGUCUCUCUUCGCCGUGACGUGCAUCGAGACGAGCCACUACGUCAGCUUCGUGAAGAACGGACCCCUCCCCACCGACUGGCUGUUCUUCGACAGCAUGGCGGACCGAGAAGGUGGCGAGAACGGCUUCAACAUCCCGCAGGUGAAGCCGUGUCCGGAGGUCGGUCGCUACCUCAGCCUGUCGGAGGAGGAGCUGGGCAGGAUCGACCCCGCCUCGCUGCGGGAGUCAGCCCGCCGCCUGCUCUGCGACUCCUACAUGUGUCUGUACCACAGCCCCGAGCUCAGCCUGUACAAGUGAUCUCCACGGCAACAUCAUCGUGUCCUCAGGAGCUUCUUUAAAAAAAAAACACCACACACUCCAGCUUUUAUUUUGGAAGAUUGAGGCUUGUUUUCAGCUUUUAUUUUGGAAGAUUGAGGCUUGUUUUCAGCUUUUAUUUUGGAAGAUUGAGGCUUGUUUUCAGCUUUUAUUUUGGAAGAUUGAGGCUUGUUUUCAGCUUUUAUUUUGGAAGAUUGAGGCUUGUUUUCAGCUUAUCCUGCGUUGAUUUCUCUCUUUAUCUUUAUUGAGCCUCUUGUACGCUUCACACUUAACCCUUAAAUACUGUUCGGGUCAAAUUUGA